GCUUGCGUUGACCUUGCAAUUUUUGUUGCGUUUUUUCACGGUUUUUACACGAUUGCUAGGGUGGUGAGACACAUUUAUUAUUGUACUACUGCACGUUUAACAGUAUCCUAGGGGGUUGCGAAAAUCGCUUCACGGGCUAUUUCUCGCUAGCAAGCGGUAUUAUUUUAAAUGCGUCACGUGUUUUUUCCUUUGUGUGAUUUUUUAUUCGAUUGUGACGGAAUAGGUUGACGGCGGCAACCGCCACCAUUAUAUUAUCGUAACCUUAAAGAAAAAUCAAACGUAUUGGACCAGUACAUGUGUAAAAUGAUUUUCCGCACCUGCGAGGUCUCAGAAUGUUUCACAAUUCCCGUGAAAGGAGUAUGCGAACUAGGUACAGUCGCCGGUGGAUGUAGGUGGAGGUGGAUAUGUGCACCCGAUUUUCCAGGCAGUUUUCCCACCACCGUAUUUAAAAUUCAUAUAUAAACAUCAGACAACUGCCUUACUAAUAUCAAUCUUCGUUUGUGUUUACUACAACAAUAACAAUAACGUGCCAAAAAAUGGGUUCCAUAACUCCUUUGAUUUCACUCGCCUUUUUGGCUCUAUACUAUACUUCAUCUGUAACGACUGCCGAAUUAGCCGAUAACGCAGUAGCAGAAGGAGUUAUCAAGCACACCCAUUACCACACUGGAGAUGUAGCACAUGCCCACAAACAUGACGGAGAGGCCCAUCAUGAACAUCACCACAAAGGAAGUGCCGAACAUGCCCAUCACCAUGGUGGUGAAUUUGGUCAUGGUCACCAUCAUGGUGGUGAGUUCGGACACGGGCACGAACAUCACGGUGUCGCUGAACAUAAACAUCACCAUGGUGGAGAAUUCGGGCACGGACACAAACAUCACGGUAGUGCUGAACACUCCCAUCACCACGGUGGUGAAUUCGGACACGGACAUAAACACGCCGGUGAAUUUGGACAUGGACAUCAACAUCAUGGUGUAGCUGAACAUAAACAUCACCACGGUGGAGAAUUCGGACAUGGGCAUCAACAUGGUGGUAAAUUCGGUCACGGACACGAACAUCACGGAAGUGCUGAACACAAACACGCUCACCACGGUAGCGCUGAUCACAAACAUCAUCAUGGCGGUGAAUUCGGACACGGACAUCAGCAUCAUGGCGUAGCUGAACAUAAACAUCACCACGGAGGAGAAUUCGGACAUGGGCAUCAUCAUGGUGGUAAAUUCGGUCACGGACACGAACAUCACGGAAGCGCCGCUCAUAAACAUCACCACGGUGGUGAAUUUGGACACGGACACGAACAUCACGGAAGUGCUGAACACAAACACGCUCACCACGGUGUCGCCGAUCACAAACAUCACCAUGGUGGAGAAUUCGGGCAUGGACACAAACAUCACGGUAGCGCUGCACACAAACAUCACCACGGCGGAGAUUUCGGACAUGGUCACAAACACGGUGGUGAAUUCGGUCACGGACAUCAACACAAGGGAAGCGCUGAACACGCACAUCAUCAUGGCGGAGAAUUCGGACACGGGCAUCACCACGGUGGUAAAUUCGGACACGGACAUCAACAUCACGGCAGUGCAGCACACAGCCAUCACCAUGGCGGUAAAUUCGGACACGGACAUGAACAUAACGGAGGAGCAGAACAUGCUCAUGAACACCACGGAAAAGCUUCCCACGGACAUCACCAUGCUGGUCACUCAAAACACCAGCACAAACACACCGUUUAAGAUAAUAAAAAAUAUUCUAAGUAAUGAUGGUGCUCAAACACAUGACAUUGACUCGACUACGGUGAAGGACAUUUUCGACUUGAUAAGUAAUAUCAAUUUUUCUUCUUCCACCUUCCUCUUUCUAGUCAUGAACAUUAUUCCUAUGUCUUAUCUCAAUUAAUAUAACACGCGCAACAAAUUAUUUUCUGUUGCCUGAUCUUUUCAUGUUUUGUCAUAUUUAUAUACUUGUCUGUUUUUACUAUCCUUAUACUGAUACUAUUACGGGUUGUUUGAUUUGCUUAACUCUUAUUCGUUUAUUAUACGUGUUCUGUGAUACAUUUAAGAGAUGGUGGUAAUAAUAUUAAGUUUAUUGUUGUUAUAACAUAUUAUUAUUAUUGUAUUAAAUAUAUAUUAUUUUUUCGUUUGUAA